AUGUCAUCGCGAAAACCCGCCGAUGUGGCGUCGAAGGAGCGCAAUGAAUAUAUUCCGUCUUUCAUCUCAAAGAAGCCGUUUUAUAUAGAUGACGAUUCCACAAAUGAUUACCUGGAGCAUCAACGUCUGCAGAAGCAGACCACAGAGCAGUCGAAGUGGUAUGAGCGCGGCAAGCGUGCCGGUCCAGCUGCGACCAAGUAUCGGAAAGGCGCAUGUGAGAACUGUGGCGCGAUGACCCACAAAACAAAGGAGUGCCUUAGUCGGCCUCGGAAGCAGGGUGCGAAGUGGACUGGUAAAGAUAUUCAGGCCGACGAGGUGGUGCAGAACGUUGAUAUGGGAUGGGAUGCCAAAAGAGAUCGAUGGAACGGCUACGAUGCCAGCGAAUAUCGCCAGGUGGUAGAAGAGUACGAAGAGCUUGAAAAGCUUAAACGGAUAACGGGGCAAAAAAAGAUUAGAGAUGGUGAAGCUGAGGAAGGAGGUGCGGAAGAGGAGGCACGGUAUGCUGAAGAAUCCGAUAUGGGAAGACAGCAAAGCACGGCUACUCGCAAUCUACGUAUCCGAGAAGACACUGCGAAAUACUUGCUCAAUCUUGAUCUUGACUCGGCGAAAUAUGAUCCAAAGACGCGACGGAUGGUGGAUAUGGGCGCUCAGGAAGACCAGGCCGCAGCUCUUGUUGCUGAGGAGAAUUUCGUUCGCGCUUCCGGCGAUGCGGCGGAGUUUGAGAAAGCCCAAAAAUAUGCCUGGGAAGCUCAGGAAAGCGGUCGGCAGAAGAUUCACCUGCAAGCAAAUCCGACGUCUGGGGAGAUCCUGCGGAAGAAAGAACAGGCAGAUACUGAAGCUAAACGUCAGGCCCAGCGUAAAGCACUUUUAGAUAAAUAUGGCGGUGAAGAGCAUCUGACUCCGACACCACUACGAGAUACCAUGGUCGUUGAAAACGAGAGGUUCGUUGAGUAUGACGAGACCGGGGCGAUUAAGGGCGCGCCGAAGAAAGCCGCCAAAUCAAAGUACCCGGAGGAUAUCCUCACCAACAACCACACUUCCGUAUGGGGAAGCUGGUGGCACAACUUUGAAUGGGGAUACGCUUGCUGUUACUCCACGGUGAAGAACAGUUACUGCACCGGCGAAGAUGGGAAGAGGGCAUUCGAAGAAGCAGAUAAGAUGCUGAUGCUAGAUGCCGACGGUGGGGCAGGCGAACAGCCUGAAGCAGAAACUGAAGAUGCAACAGAACGUCCGAACGAAGAGCAGAGCAUUGACGACAAAAGAACAGAGGAUUCCAGCACCAGGUCGAAAAAGAGGACGUUGAUGGAAGUACAAUCUGGUAUCACCGAGGAGGAGUUAGAAUCGUAUAAGAAAAGUCGUCUCGCGGCAGAUGAUCCUAUGGCUAGGUUCAUAGGGAACGACACCCUGGGACAAUAA